GCCCCGCCGCUGGGCUCGGGGCCGGCCGGCAGGCGCGGGGCAGCCCCGAAGCAUGGAGCCGCCGCCGCCUCUGGAGCAGCCGCCGCGGCCGCGUUCCCACACGGUGACCACCACCAGCAGCUCCUUCACCGCCAACCUGUCGGCCAGCUCCAGCACCCUCGCCUACGACAGGGAGUUUCUGCGGACCCCGCCCGGGCUCCUCAUGGUGGCCGAGAUAAUCUUAGGGCUGCUGGUGUGGACCCUGAUCGCUGGAACGGAAUACUUUCUAUAUCCAGCUUUCGGCUGGGUGAUGUUUGUAGCUGUGUUUUACUGGGUCCUCACUGUCUUCUUUCUGAUCAUCUACAUGACCAUGACCUACACCAGGAUCCCCCAGGUGCCAUGGACCACAGUGGGUCUGUGUUUUAAUGGGAGUGCCUUCAUUCUGUACCUCAUUGCUGCCAUUGUCGAUGCAUCGUCAGUCACCAAAGAACUGGACAGUCACAAUUACAACAGUUGGGCAGCUUCUUCAUUCUUUGCCUUUGUGGUUACCUCCUGCUAUGCUGGAAAUACAUAUUUUAGCUUUAUAUCUUGGCAAUCAAGAACUUUGCAGUAAAAAUUGUGUUAAAAUGAAUUCUGUAGAAUAAAGCAUCUUGAGGAUUUUACUCUUUUUGAUGGAAGCUUGGAACAAGGAUUAGGUCUUCUGGAACAUUUCUGUUGUAAUUGAAGAAAUACAUGUAAAAUUAGAUUAAAAUGAAUAUUUAUAAUAUGUUAUCAUAGUGACAUCUAACACUGACUUUGUACUGUAUAAUAAAAUUUCAUACUGCUUCUUUUAAAAUUAACAUGGUAUUUUUCUAGACAUUGUAUAGAUGUAACUAAACCUUUAAUAAACUUUACUCAGA